GAUGUUGGUUAGCCACCCUGUGUGUCAAACGUGGCGACCGGUUUGUUGCUUAUCUAACGUGUACUACGCGCCGCACGAUUUCACAGGGCCGUUGUAUCGCCUGAACGAUGUUCUCCAUCAAGUAUUACGCUGUGUUGUGUUUAAUUUUGUCGUUCAUCCAUCAUUCACUGGGACUGUACUUUCAUAUAUCUGAAACGGAACGAAAAUGCUUUAUCGAAGAAGUGCCGGAGGAAACGCUUGUCGUUGGAAACUACAAGUGCCAACUGUUCGAUCCGAAGACUGGCGGUUUCAUGCAGUCCAGUCCCGGGAUCGGUAUGCAUGUGGAGAUUCGCGAUCCUGAGGACAAGACCAUUUUGUCGAAGGUGUACAGCUCUGAAGGGCGCUUUAGUUUCACCUCGCAUUCGCCCGGUGAACACGUCAUUUGCCUCUACUCCAAUUCUUCCAGCUGGUUCAGCGGAAGUCAACUGAGGGUCCACCUUGAUAUCCAAGUUGGGGAGCAUGCUGUCGACUAUGGCAGUGUGGCACGGAAGGAAAAACUUACAGAGCUACAACUGCGUGUACGGCAGCUGUUGGACCAGGUUGACCAGAUCACCAAAGAACAGAAUUACCAAAGGUUCCGUGAAGAACGCUUCCGACAGACAAGUGAGAGCACCAACUCCAGGGUUCUAUGGUGGUCGGCUGGACAGACAAUCAUCCUUCUGCUCAUGGGAUUCUGGCAGAUGAGACACCUGAAGAGCUUUUUCGAAGCCAAGAAGCUUGUGUAAAACUGGAUACUGUGUGUACUCUGGAGUGACAUCCCUCCAUGUGUGGAAUGCUUUCCCUUAUUUUGGUGUCUCAUGGACAUUUAGCUAUACAUUUGAUGGUGUUUUAGAAUUGGCAACCCCUUGUGUUUCUUCAUGCUAAAGAAAAAAAAAAGUCUGGAAAGCAUUUUAACAUUGUGAUGACACCAUUUGCAAUAAAAGUUCUUCUAAAGCAGGGAAAGAACUUUCAUUGCAGAAUACAUGUAGUUGCCACCGUUGCUUUUGCUAUCUGGCUUAGGCAAAUGAAAGUGUUUCACUAUUUAAGAUCUUUGAUGUCCUAAAGCAAGUCUUUCAUGUUGAUGAGAAAGUGGACAAAAAUGGAACCACUAUAUUGUAUUGACCCAUGUUGCUUGAAUGGUUUUGCUGCACAUCAUGCAUGUUUUCUGUUUUGUAAGGGACACAGCUGUGUGUGCAGUGCGAUUUGAACGAUGCUGCAUGUCACUGUUUUGCCUGCAUCAAAUACUAGGAUACCAUGUCUAAGUGUCUAAGUUUGUAAAACUGGAGCGACUCAGCUGUACUUGAUGCCCCUAAUAGGCUUCUGUGUUGUGCAGAACAAUAAAGUGCAUGAAGAUAUUCUGUCAUUCUGUAAAGUUUGAUGUAAUCACUGCAUACAUGUACCUUUGUUACAAAAGGAAUUGAAUAUCAUUUGCCUGGCAUCAGUCUGAUAAGUCAAAAUACAGUCCAUGCCUGUUACAAUGAAUCCGCAUACAACAGACUAAGAUGCUCCAAGUUUGGUCUGUCUGAAUGCAACAGAUCCCGAUUUUUAACGUAACUAGCUAUGACAACAACAAACAUCUUGAGCGAAUAUUUGUCCAAAUAAGGUAUAUACAACAUACUUCACUGUGGUGGUGCAACAGUUUACUGGACACAACUUUGUCCACCCCCUUGCAGAAACUGCGAAAGUACGAGUUUUCUUAGAGAAGAAACACACUAGCAGCAAGCUAAAAAGAGGCACUUUAUCCUUAUGUUCAUUGAAUGUGAAAGUGUCGUGGAGAACAGAGAUAGAGACUGAGCAGACUGGUGAGGUCAUGGUGUGUUGAUUAUAUCGACGUCCAUGUCGUGUUAAAAUUGUCAGUCAAUUUUGAGGGUGGCCCACCCAAAUUUCUGGGGGUAGCCCUAGUCAAUUUGGGGAGUGGGCCAGGUCAGUUUUGAACAUGGGUGAACUCGGUUUUGAAUUGGGCGCCAAAAACCACGUGACAUCACAACUUGGUCCCGUGAGUUUUCUUGCCAUCGGGUGUUAACGCCAACACUUGCCAAGUUUUCCACUUCAUGGGGCAUAUAAUGCUUUCGCAUUAAUAGUGUUUUCUGGAUGAUUGUACAAGUGGCUUACCACCACCUACAACUGUUGGCGCACUACCGAGAGCGCUGCUAGGCCUAAGCCGGUUCGCUUUAGAGUGGGUUACGCAUAGGUGCGUUUUUCUUUCUUCCUUUUAUUAAUGCAUUUGUACGGACAUUCGAGACUCAUUUGUGCUUUUGCUGUCAUGCUAUUGAUGGCAUGUGUGGCCCCUACAGAGAGGUUUAGGUCUUCAGAGGCCACUGCAGAAAUGAGGACAACUGGAUGUAGAUUUAUGCUCUGCUCACUUGGCUUUGCAGGAGUCAAGGCAGCUUUCUGCCUCCCACUGCUCAUAUGAGCAUUGUGCACUCAAAUAUCAGUGUUCCUGCUGAGCAGCUGUGUGCACUUCAUUGCGCGUACACUGGUUUGAGCAGAAAGGACGCUAAAAUUCAAACUACAAACACUGACUCUUUUUCCUUUGGUCUCAUUCUGCGUGUCAUCUAGAUUCAAUGCUGCUAGUGGCAUGCCUCCUUGUACCAGCAUUACGAGAGGCCUUGUAGCUGCUAGGGCGCUGUUUCAGAGUACUGUGUGGAGCUUCAGCACAAUGCCAAGCCGUAGUAUCACCAGAGCCCUUCACUACCUGGUGCCACUUUCACUGCUUCACCCUUCAAGAAAAACUGACCAAUGUUUUUACUCUAGAUUUAUUGUUUUUCUUGUCACCUACAGAAUACAAUAAGUAAACAGUAGACAGUUGUGUACGUAAGAGUACUGUCAUUUCGUACCGUGGUGCAGAAUUAAACUUAGUAUGCGACAGACCUUACUGGAUUGUUAUGGUCCAUUGCAACAGGUGUAGACUGCAUUUGUUAUUGUUUUCAUUUACUGCACUAGGGAUCUACUACAUUUUUGGUGUGUCGUCAGGAGCUUGGGAAACUUACUGUGGGACAUUUGGCGUGAGAAAGUUCAAAUGUUGCUGUCCAAAGCUGCUUUUUGCCGUGUGAGGAGAAUAUGCAUUGAAAAAGAAAUGGUCUGCUGCAAAUUUGAAUUUGUUGCCUUCAUUGAGGUUUGUGCGUAGGCAAGUAGUUGUUCAAUUUCCUCGUGCUAAUUGUGUGCACGUAAAUACUGUUGACUAGGGCAUGCCAGAUCCUGCUUCGAGCCACUGUUGGAACUCUGAAGAGGUGCUGCAUCAAUGCACAACUUCAGCUUUGACAUAGUCAUCACCUCUGUAUGUUGGUAAUUCACUUAAUAUUUUCAUUAUAUAGCUGUAAACUGCUUUGCACCAUUGUCUUAUUAAGUGUUAUAGUGGGGGUGAGGAUUUUGAGUUGGUUGUGCAGUACACAUUUUGAAGGUCUGGAAACUUUUUUUUUUCACAAUCUUGAUGAAGGCAGAAAAUUUGUAUGAUGUCUUGUUCUGGUUUGUUCAUGUCAGCAUACACUGGAAUUGAAUGAGUUUGUAAUAAAAAGGUCUCCAGAAUUA